AUGCCUGCGGCUGCUUUCACCAUAGACAGUAUGAGCACAGCCAUCUUGCUCCUGCUCCUGGCUCUCACCUGUGUGUUCCUGAUGCUCAAUUCAAGGGGCAAGAGCCGGCUGCCCCCAGGCCCUAGGCCUCUCCCACUCCUGGGAAACCUGCUGCAGCUUCGCUCCCAAGACAUGCUGACUUCUCUUACCAAGCUGAGCAAGGUCUAUGGCUCGGUGUACACAGUGUACCUGGGGCCCAGACGCGUAGUGGUCCUCAGCGGGUACCAAACCGUGAAGGAGGCCCUUGUGGACCAAGGGGACGAUUUUAGUGGCCGCGGCGACUACCCCACCUUUCUCAACUUCACUAAGGGCAAUGGCCUCGCCUUCUCCAAUGGGGACCGGUGGAAGGCCCUGAGGAGGUUCUCCAUCCAGAUUCUGAGGAACUUCGGGAUGGGUAAGAAGAGCAUCGAGGAACGGAUCCUGGAGGAAGGCCGCUUCCUGCUGGCGGAGCUACGGAAAACUGAAGGCAAGCCCUUCGACCCCACGUUCGUGCUCAGCCGCUCGGUGUCGAACAUCAUCUGCUCUGUGAUCUUCGGCAGCCGCUUUGACUACGACGAUGAACGUCUGCUCACCAUUAUCCGCCUCAUCAAUGACAACUUCCAAAUCAUGAGCACCCCCUGGGGAGAGGUCAGGAGGCCUAGUCGCCGAGUGUGCCUGGGCGAGUCGCUGGCGCGCAUGGAGCUCUUCCUCUACCUCACCGCCAUCCUGCAGAACUUCUCGCUGCAGCCGCUGGGGGCGCCCGAGGACAUCGACCUGACGCCGCUCAGCUCCGGGCUCGGCAACUUACCGCGGCCUUUCCAGGUGUGCCUGCGCGCGCGCUGA